UGCAAAGGGCUAAUCCAAAGCGUCAAAUUUAUGUAAUCUAUUUCGUAAUUAUAUCGUGUAUAAUAUAAACAUAUUGAGAACAGAAUGCAGAUUUAUCUUAAAAAUCUACAAACUGUGACACGCAACCUGUUGUCACAUUCUUUCAAGAACCAGGUAUGCUGCCAUAGAUUCCAAAGAUGUUUUCAGACAGGCAAGGUCAGCUACAGUCAGUUUAAUGCACUAAGACAUCACAUCACGUCACAAAAGAAGCUGUCUUCAGUUGUUGUUUCCCAGAUAAUCCGGAGGACUGGUACAGCAGCCGGGAAUGUUUUACCAGAGAUCACUCCACAUGCCCAGAAGAUUGUUGGUCGCUGGCUCCUCACAUGUGCAGGCAUGUGUGUGGGGGCCGUCAUUCUCGGGGGAAUCACCAGGUUGACAGAGUCUGGCCUGUCGAUGGUGGACUGGAAGCUGUUUAAGGACAUGAAGCCCCCAAGAUCACAACAGGAGUGGGUGGAGGAGUUUGAGAGAUAUAAGCAGUACCCAGAGUAUCAAUUUAGUGGGAAAGAGAUGACACUGACUGAGUUUAAGUUUAUCUACUAUAUGGAGUGGGGCCACCGAAUGUGGGGGAGGGGAGUGGGGCUGGUCUAUGCUCUUCCUGCCAUCUACUUCUGGAAGAAAGGCUGGCUGACCCGCGCCAUGAAGCCCAGGGUACUUGUGUUUGGGGCACUCAUCGGCUUCCAGGGUUUUCUGGGCUGGUACAUGGUGAAGAGUGGCCUACAGGACCAGCCUGAGUCCACAGAUGUGCCGCGUGUCUCCCAGUACCGACUGGCUUCACACCUCGGCUCUGCCCUGCUGCUGUACACACUAUUCCUUUGGAAUGGCCUGUCACACGUCCUGCCUCAAGUCAAGGUGCCCGAGUUCCGUCAGUUAAAAAUGGUGAGAGGCAUGUCCCAUGGACUCAUGGCCACUGUGUUUAUAACAGCCUUAUCAGGAGCUUUUGUAGCUGGCCUGGACGCUGGGCUGACAUACAACACAUGGCCUUUGAUGGCUGACCGCUGGAUUCCCACUGACCUGUGGGCCAUCAGCCCGAAGUGGAAAAAUAUGUUUGAGAAUGCAACAACGGUGCAGUUCAAUCAUAGAUACCUGGCAGAAUCUACCAUACUUCUGAUUGGAGGAUUCUGGUUCAUGUGUCGCAAGUUCCCCCUCCCACCUCGAGCCAGGAUGGCCGUUAACUGCCUCUUUGGAAUGGCUCUUCUUCAGGGUACCCUGGGAGUGUUAACGUUGCUGUAUUUCGUCCCAACCCACCUGGCGGCCACGCACCAGUCUGGCUCCGUGGCACUGCUCUCAUUCGCUACAUGGUUCGCUCAUGAGAUGAAAAAAAUGCCCAAAUAAUUAGUUAAUAUUUAUAUUUGGGGAAGUGUUAAAAUGGUUCAAAACCUUGUUCAUGUGAUAGUUUAUUUGUUGGAAAAUUAAUGCAAGAUCCAAAUUUACUUCAUUGAUUGAUCAUAAAAAGCAAGAUUUUGUAAAAAGAAUUGUUUGAGUUAAAUGUAUUGGGAUUUUAAAGCGACAGUCCGCAAAUCGGGCAAAUUAGCCAUGAAAAAAAAAAAAUUCAUCUAUGUGUUGAUAAGCAUUCCUGACUGACGAAUCCAAAAAAAAUUUGGUUCAAAUCGACCUAGAAAUGAGUUUUUCGUGUCAUUGUCAAUAUCUCUUCUUAACUAUCGGCCCCCGAGAGUUAACGGUUAUAUAAAUAGAAAAAACAGUGGGAUUCCAAAGUUCUUGCGCAUGCGCAGGGCGAUACUAUUUCCCGGUCUCUCCUCGUAAAAUCCGGUCUCAUCCGGUCUCAUAAAUCCCGGUUCAUAACUUAUGGCCCCAGGCAACGGAUUGUGUUGCUGAUGUUUAUAACACGAUUUUGACAAUCUUAUUUGUUUUUAUAUGUAACAAAAUGGUAUAAAAUAUAUAAACAUUAUGUCUUAAUUUAUGCAAUUUGUUAUAGGUAUACACUAUUUAUGCAAUUCGUGUUAAAGGUGUAGAGAAAGAUGCGAUGCAGUACAAAUGCUCAUGUUUUUUGCAUAAAAGAUUGAGGACGGCUAGAGUAUGAAGUAACUUAGAAUUGCACCUUUUAAAUUAUGUUAUGUUAUGUUAUUGUUCUUCCUUUUAUGUUUACCCCCCCCCCCAACAUAAAAUUUUUUAAGCAUAAAUGAUUACAAUUGAAAAAUUCCAUGUUUGCAUAUCCGACUCAUAUCUGAUUUACAUGUAGUCAAGCAUUGUUAUUUUUUUGUAUUACUAUUAUCAAUAGUAUACUUAUAACUGAAUUUAAUAUGAAAAAAACACACACUCAAUGUGUUUGUUAUUCAUGACAUUAAUUUCAGUACAUGUGCAUAUUUCAUGUUUUUAUCUUUGCCUAAAUUUAUUUUAUGUUUUAUUGAUAUAAAAUUUGAAAUAAAUAGUGACAUAAUUAUCAUCAAAUAUCUAAUGUUUUAAUCAACUGUAAUCUUUUGUAAUCCUAUUACCCCCCGCGGUCAUUAACACCUUUUUGAUCACGCCCGAUAGCUACUAUAAAACAGAGACCGGAGGAGACCGGGACCGGAUGAGACCGGGACCGGGAAAUAGUAUCGCCCCCAAGAGUAGUCGGAAAAACCGUAGACCUACUUUCUCUUUUGCCGUCUAAAAAUAGCAACUUUCGGCAAUUUUCAAUUUGUUAAAUCUAAGUUAUUAAAGCGAUUUUUUAAAAAAUAACUGCGGUUCAGUCGGUCUGAAACAAUGUGGAACUUAUUAAAAACUUUUGAAAUACGGUUACUUUUGCGGACUGUCGCUUUAACCGAAAUUCAACUUAUUUCGUUUCCUGUUAUGCUUAAAUUUAAUAAAAAUAUUUCAAUUCGCAAAUAUUUGGAAAUUCUCUUUAAAAAUCACUUUGGCGAUGAAAUCUCAAAAUAAUUCAACCUGGCAUGGUGAAUGUUGUUGCUUUUAUAAAGCAACAUGAGAAUAAACAUUUUUAAGAGUAAAACUAACAAAAAAUAGCAGUGAAAUUGACAUGAUAUUCCACUGAAAACCAUAAAGGUAUAUCAGAUUUUUGUGCUGUUGACUAUAGGAUAUUUCUCAUUUCAUGUACAUAUUGUGAUUUUGAAUGAACUAAGUUGCUUUGAUUUUUAUAUAUUCCUUCAUUUUCUAUUAACAAUAGCUUUUUUGCUAACUGUUUACAGUGAUAUAUCUGAACAGUAUUUUUAGUAUGUGGAACUUCCAAUAGUUUUGUAAAGGGCUGUUUCUUUAAGAACCCUAGUAGCAACUUUGUGCCUAGAAUAUUUUUUUCAACAGUAGUACCAAGUAACUACCACAUUUUAAAUCCUUCUAGUGUUUCAUUAAAAAUCCUACCUAAAUAUAGCAGCAGAAGUUACUGUUAAGAAUCUCUAGAAGUAUGAAAUUGCUCCUAUUAUUCUUGAUGAAACAGCCCUUCGUUUAUUAAACUUACUGGUACCGGUACUCUUUCUUUUCUAUUGUGUUCAUGCAUUCAUGAUUACAAAAAACUUUUGAUGUACAUUUGCAAUUUAUUGUCAUGGAUGUUGCAAAGACAAGUCCUUAGGAUGUGAGGUUCUUGCAUUUAUGUGUACAAAUGUGUCUUAAUUUUGAACAAAAUAAAAUGAGACAACAGAAGAUUGUUUUGAUUUUA